AUGCGUCUGCCCAACAGGUAUUUUCUUUCCCAGGCCGAGCACACACCGGCUCGGCCUUCAGCAACAAGGUGGAACGAGCUGGAGCAAAAGCGCAACUCGCUCGCGAAGGUGCAACAGAAACGCGCGCGGCGAGUGGUUAGCCCGGAAAACACGAGCCGGCGCAAGAGCCAGAAGCGGAGAGCCGAAAUGCCUUCUGCCAGCCGCUCGGGGCUCUCUGCAGACGGGCCUGGCGCCUCGUCCGCUCGGGGAGGCUUACCUUCUCCACAAGCGCGCACCGAGCCAGACUGGUCAGCGGAGCAGGCGCCUGGCUGGGACCCCGGGAUUUCGAAAAGGAGGUUGGAGCCGCAGGAAACUAAGCUGCGCGACGCCGGCCAGCGCCAUUGCUGCCAAGCUGCUUACCUCGCGGCUCCCCGCCGCACCUUCUGCCGCCGGACAGAGCCGCCGCCGCCGCCGCCGCCGCGCCGCGAUGCCCGCCCGCCCGGCAGCCUGCGCCGGCCCAGCCUGGAAGUUCAGGCGAGCGGCGGGGGGAGGCGCGUUUCCAUGUGA